AUGACCAAGCCCCGUCCCGCCGACGUCUUCUUCCUCAGCUGUCCCCGAACGCUGUCCAACCUGCUCGUCAAGCUGCUCUCGCAGCAGCGCGGCUGGGAGGCGUCGGGCUACCACCUGCACGCGGCCUACCUCUACGCGCUCGAGCACUUUAGCCCGUCCGUGUCCGCCUCGGCGGCGCCCGCCGCGCGCGCCGAGUACGUGCGGCAGCUGCGCGCGAGCUUUGCCGCGAUGGAGGCCGCGCGGGCGACUGCCCACCAAAACGUACCCUUCCCCCUUUCCCUCCCUGCCCCCCCAAUUCUAACAAGAUAUAUCCAGGGCAACGCCUUGUUCCUCAAGAGCCACUGCGCGCAGGUCUGGGCGCCGUCGAGCCUGUACGAGGCCACCAAGAGCGGCGCGUACGCCGCCGAGCUCACCCUCUCCGAGGCGGCGGCCCCGCCGCAGACCAACCCGACGAUGCUGACCGACAAGUACCUGCUCUCGUUUGUGCCCGUGUUUUUGGUCCGCCACCCGGCGCUCAUGGUCGACUCGUGGUGGCGCACCGAGACGCGCGCGGGCACGCCGCCCAACACGGCGCAGACGACGCGCGCGCGUGCGCACGGGCUCGGCCUCGCGCGGCAGCUGUAUGACUGGUACGCCGCGGCGGCGGCAGGCGGCGAUGGGCGGCCGGGGGAGCGGGGGGUGCCCCUCGUACUCGACGCCGACGAUGUGCUCGAGGGGGACGCGGUGCACCGGCUCGCGCGCGUCGUCGGCAUGGACCCCGCGCAGGUGCUCGAGAGCUGGGACGCCCAGUCGACCGACGGCCUCGCGCCCAUCCACAAGAGCUACGUGCAGGGCAUAUGGGAGUCGACGGGCGUGGACAGGUCCAAGAGCGCGCGCUGGCUGCAGCUGGAAGCCAAGUAUGCGAGCUGGCGCGAGCUGUAUGGGGCCGAGGUGGGCGACUACAUGGUGCGCUUGACGGAGAGUUAUUUGCCGGAUUAUGAAUACCUCAAGAGCAAGAAAAUGUAG